CCACAGCGACUUUGAAUCCACCACCACAUCAUCAUCAUCAUCAUCCAGAUUUACAUUUCUAUAAUUUAUUUUUAUUUUAUUUUAUUUUCGUAUUUGUAUGACCAUAUCCUUGAUAUCUCAUCUCCAACAUGAAGGGUUCCUCAAACACCUCAGCAUCCGCCUCGAACAUUGCUUCGACCUCAACCGCCAACGCCCAUCAGCAGCCGAACUCGGGUCACCAUAACCAUCCUCAUCAUCAGCAGACGGGCAGCUUGGGCAGGAUCAACGAUAGAAAUAUCACUCCUAACUCGCCAUGUUUUGUUCACUCCCAUCUCGAUCCUGGAAACAAUCCUGGGAUCUCUCGUAGCAUGACCCGACACGAGCGUUCCCGAAGUCGACAGUUCAAUCCACCACUACCAACGAUCCCUCAACACAACUACCCAUCACCCGGCCUCUCACCCAACACCCCCCGGCCGAAUUCGACCUCUCAGGGAAUUUCGAGCAUGGCCAUCCCAGACCAUCAGAACUAUACCUACGCUGAUAUUAAUGAUGAUCGAGAUGAUGACUUGGACGCAGACUCGGACUCGGACGACGAUGAGGAGAACCAUGAGAGCAUGACUCGCCAACUAGCUGAGACGGCGACGAGUGUACGAGAGAUCUCCAAACAGCUCGGCCGAACUCGGAUCAAAACGGCCAUCCAGAGUGUCUUGAUCAUCACCAAGGCUAGAGAUAACCACCUGAUUCGCCUCACUCGGGAAUUGGUCAUCUCACUCUCGCGUGAAUCCCCGGAUCCGCCGAUCACCCAGUCACUCCAGAGGUCAGCCUCAUCCAAUCAAUCGAAGCCCCUGGUGGUCUAUGUCGAUCACCAGCUACGUCAUUCCACUCGGUUCGAUCGCGCCGGCUUAGAAAGGGAUUAUCCCGAUUGGUUCCGGCCCUUGUCCCCUCGCAACCGCUUCAAGCGCCGAGUCUCCCGGACAAACUCGGUCUCUUCUCUCAACUCGAUCCGGUCUACCCUUAGUAAUCACAGCUCCGCUUCCAAUUCGACUACCGACUCGUUCCUCCAAGAUGACGGGCGAUUGCGCUAUUGGACUCCGGAGAUGUGUGCCAAAUCUCCGGAACUCUUUGAUUUAGUAAUCACUCUUGGCGGGGAUGGUACAGUCUUGUUUGCUUCCUGGUUGUUUCAACGGGUCGUUCCGCCUAUCAUCUCAUUUGCACUUGGCUCACUUGGCUUCCUUACGAACUUUGACUACGCCGAUCACCAGAAGGUCUUACAUGAAGCCAUCAAACGUGGGGUCAGGAUCAACUUGAGGAUGCGCUUUAAUUGUACCGUCUAUCGAGCCAGUGUUGGCCCAACAAAGCGCCGGGCUGUCAGGUCUGGUAAGACCGGUGAAAUUUUCAUGAAUAUCCUUGGCAAGUCUGGCUGGGAAGCCCUCGAAAACGGCUCGGCGCCUUCUAAUCAACGCUCAACGUCUCUUUCAGCUGACAAGGACGAUAAAGAGAUCGUCUGCUUCAGUACAUAUCCCGCUGAAUCCUUUGAAGUCUUGAACGAACUGGUUGUUGAUCGCGGACCGAGUCCGUAUGUGAGCUUGUUAGAGCUAUUCGGCGACGAUCACCAUAUGACCACCGUCCAAGCUGAUGGCUUGACAGUAUCAACACCCACUGGUUCUACAGCCUACUCUUUAUCUGCCGGUGGCUCCCUAGUACAUCCCGAAAUCCCUGCGAUGUUGAUUACUCCCAUCUGCCCUCAUACUCUCUCCUUUCGCCCGAUGUUACUCCCGGAUACUAUGGAAUUAAGGAUUUGCGUGCCAUACACUUCACGCAGUACAGCUUGGGCUAGUUUUGAUGGGCGAGGAAGAGUUGAACUACGUCAGGGCGACCACAUUAAAGUCACAGCAUCAGCAUACCCCUUUCCGACGGUUUGUGGUGUAAGCCAAUCGAUUGAUUGGUUUCAUGCAAUCUCAAGGACUUUGAAGUGGAACGAGCGAGAACGACAAAAAUCAUUUGUUGUGAUUGAAGAAGAUCAAGCCCAAUCAUCCAGCGGCAGAUUACCCCGUCCAAAUCAAUCGUCAGUCGCGCCUGAGCACGUUAAGCAAGAGGAGUUUGACGAAGAUGAAGUAGAAGAAUAUGAUAUUGAUGAUGUCCCGCCCAGCACUUCCCUCGCUGAAGGCUUAGGACAGGCUGCUGUUAACCACGUCAAUCAAUUGAAUCCUGAACACAUUAGAAGGCUUGAACACCGCAACGUCGAUCAUAGCACCUCUUCCGAUAUGAGCUCACAAGGAGCUAGCACUUUGAAGAACUCGACGCCAUCUCCAAUUAUGAAUCAUGGCAGACUGCCUCCUAAAAUCAGUAAUCCCAAUUUGAAAGCGUUUGCUGUCUGGGGUCUCGAUUCUAGUAGCUCUUCUGAUGGAUCCUCGAGUGAUUCUUGAAUGAAUCGGUUUGCUUUCCCCCUCACUGUCGCAAUCCAAUCCCAGAAUUGUUCUUGUUUUAUCUUCUUUUCAUUGGUCGAAUUUCUUAUAUUCACCAAACCAUAAAUUGCAAAAUCACUGAUGUCAUAACAACGCCAAAACAAAUAUCAUUUAAGGAAUGUUUUCCUAUAACAUUAAUAUAGAUACAUGAUCGUUAUCUCCAUUUCCUCCCAACAUCCAAGCAAACACCGAUCUUCUUGAUGGUUAGACCUUUCUUCAGUUAGUUGACGUUCAUGUAUCACACUUAAAACGUGCACCUUGUAUUGUCGAUUUACUUACUUAUACACAAACUUGGUACAUAAAUAAUAGAUAGCUCCAAACCUAUGGUAAUGGCAAUCUUAGUACACACAUAAACACAUACCGCUGCUCCUUUCUGAUGCAGGUAUGAGACCACAUGGAGCCUGCACACACACACCCUUCAAAAAAGUGGGCAUGUUUGGGUGUCCAGUUUAUUUUGAUCUGCCCUCCACCAGAAAAUUGUUGUGUGUGCACCCAAACACUGUCACCAGUUUCUUGGAGAUGCUGAUGAUAGAGGAGCUGCUCCUGUCUUCAUCAGUUUCACAUUAAUAAUAGAAAUCCUCUUGACCCUUGAGACCAUGCCAUCUUGAUGCAAAAGGGUUCAUCAUGGCCAUUUUGAUUGUAAAGUGGGACAUCCAAUAUUUUUGACACCAAAUUGUUC